AUGGAUCUGGGACAGAUUUCAGAGUAUUGCUACAAUUUGACAAAUUCAUAUCUUGAAAUCACAAACCAAUCGCAGGUGAUAGCUGAUACUCAGGAUGCUAUCAGACUAACCAAAAGAUACUUUUUGCAGGACAUAUUUCCUCGCUGGAGCCCUUUGAGCUCUGAAAUCUCAUUCUCCUACAAUGGUGGUAAGGAUUGCCAAGUGCUGUUAUUGCUCUACCUGGGCUGCAUUUGGGAGUUCUUUCUGAACAGUCUGCAAGACACCCAGUAUGAUCGUCAAUAUCACAAGUACCCUCUACGCAGCUUACCUACUGUGUUCAUAGAUCAGGAGGAGACUUUUGCAACGAUGGAAGAUUUUGUUGCAAGCACAUCUGAAAGAUACUGCCUGUCGUUAUAUGAAUCUCUGCGAGGUGACGGAAGAAAACUGAGUAUGCCAGAGGCAUUCGAGCUGUACUUGAAAUCGCACUCAGAGACCAAGGCUAUUGUGAUAGGAAUCAGAUACACGGACCCUUACGCAGCUGAUUUAAAGACCAUACAGCCGACAGACGCCGACUGGCCCGACUUCCUGCGAUUGCAGCCUCUGUUGCAUUGGAAAUUAUCCAACAUAUGGAGCUUCCUGCUUUUCUCAAAUGAGCCAAUAUGUGGCAUAUACGGCAUGGGGUUCACAUCGGUCGGAAGCAUCAAGAACACACUGCCCAAUCCUCAUCUCAACGUGGACCGAACAGGCAAACCCAGCUUGCUGUUCCAGUGGGAAAUUGCACAUGCAUUCGGCAAGGCAGAGGGCCAGCACGACCAAGUCAAUGUGUCCAAAGUAAGUCGCAAAGAUCUCGCACUACUAAAGGGCUCAAAUGGAAAGUAUCUGCCCGGAUGGUACUUGACUGACGACUCCCUCGAGAGAGCGGGCAGGAUUAAAAGCUGCUAA